UGCAUUUCUUGCGGUCAGCUGACCAACACUCCGCUAGCUCUGCUAACAGGAAGUACCGUUCCUGCUUUCACUCAUUCUCAGCUAACUAUGAAGAAGUACAAAGGCAAAGCCUCCAGUGCUGCUGAGAAGGAGUUUGUGUUUGAGUUCAGGGCAGGUAAACACACCUGUGUCCUCAGAGUUCCUCUUCAGGUUCCUGUUCAGGAGAACAUCAGAGACCUUCAUGGACGCCUGAUGCUGCUGCACAGAAUCCCCUGCUACAUAGAAGAUGAGCUGAGAACUUCGCUGUCCAGCUUCAUCGAGAAGGAAACCAUCCAGGAUUAUGACAGCAAGGCAGAGCUGGCCCUGCAGAGACUCACAGCUGGAGAUGUAGACGUGAACCAGCUCACCAACGCAUGGACCAGGUCUUAUGUGGAGACUACGUUGGAGCACGCUCGGCCUGAAGAGCCCAGCUGGGACGAGGACUUUGCUGAUGUUUACCAUGAGCUAAUCCACUCACCUGCCUCAGAUACUCUCCUCAACCUGGAGCACAACUACUUCGUUAGCAUCUCUGAGCUCAUUAGUGAGAGAGAUAUGGAGAUUAAGAAGCUACAGGAGAGGCAAGCAGCAGAAAUGGACAAAGUGAUGCAUGAGCUGGGGAAUACUCUGAGUGACCAGGAUGUGAAUGCAGUCGCCUCUCAACACUUUGAUGCUCAGCAGUGUCUCCUUCAACAGGUCCUGGAGAACAAGUGGGCCAGCGAGCUGAAGCAGGUGACCGGCAUCCAGAAGCAGGAGUACCAGGAGUGGGUCAUCAAACUGCAUCAGGACCUGCAGAAGUCCACCAACAGCAGCAAAAUCAAUGAGGAGAUUAAAGUUCAGCCCAGCCAGCUGUCAGAAGCUGCAGAUUCUGGGUCCAGGCUGUUUGAGGAGCAACCUCAGCUGGAGGAGAGCUUCACCAUCCACCUGGGAGCACAGCUGAAGACGAUGCACAACCUGCGGCUGGUCCGAGCAGACGUUCUGGACUUCUGUAAACACCGGAGACACGGCAGCAGCGGAGCUAAGCUACGACGGCUACAAACAGCUCUGUCCCUUUACUCCUCAUCCCUCUGUGGUCUGGUGCUGCUGGUGGACAACAGGGUCAACUCCUACAGCGGCAUCAAGAGAGACUUUGCUACUGUGGCGAAGGAGUGCACGGACUUCCACUUCCAGUGUCUAGAGGAGCAGCUGGAGGAGGUUCAGCAGGUGGUGCUGUAUGCAAGAGCCCAGAGGAGCAGCAAGCAGAAGGACCAGCCUGAGAUUCCAAGGAAUGGAGGUGAUGAUAAGAGUAAAAAUGUUGAGAGAAAUCCUUCUAAUAUCUUACCAGGUGAGUUCUACAUCUCACGCCACUCCAACCUGUCAGAGGUCCACGUCAUCUUCCACCUGUGUGUGGACGAUAACGUCCGCUCGGGGAACAUCACGGCCAGAGACCCGGCUAUCAUGGGUCUGAGGAACAUCCUGAAGGUCUGCUGCACUCAUGACAUCACCACGGUAACCGUCCCUCUGCUGCUGGUCCACGACAUGUCAGAGGAGAUGACCAUCCCAUGGUGCCUGAAGAGAGCCGAGCUGGUCUUCAAAUGUGUCAAAGGCUUUAUGAUGGAGAUGGCCUCCUGGGAUGGCGGUAUUUCCCGCACAGUUCAGUUUCUGGUGCCAAAGAGUAUCUCAGAGGAGAUGUUCUACCAGCUGAGCAACAUGCUGCCUCAGAUCUUCCGUGUGUCCUCCACCCUGACGCUCACCUCUAAGCACUGAUGGUAGACCAGCGCCACCAUGCAUCUCUGGAAGGAUCAACACGUCACAUACUGGACAUUAACGAAUUAUUAACUCUGGUUUUCCUUUUAACAGUGGAGGCAUUAAAGCACUUAGAGGGUUUUUAUGCAGCAGAUUAGUCUCCUUAUUGGUCCACACUCGACUGGACCCAUCAUUUCUAGUCUUUAUCAGCUGCCAGGACUGAAAAUAUUCCAGUUUUUAAUCUGCAGUUUUGCUCACAUUGGAAGUAAUGGAGCUUCUAGUGUUUAGUUGGAGAAAAUGUGAAAACACAGAGUUUGUGGUAGGUGUGUGUGUGUGGUAGGUGUGUGUGUGUGGUAGGUGUGUGUGUGGUAGUUGUGUGUGUGUGUGUGGGUGUGGUAGGUGUCUCUGUGUGUGUGUGGUAGUUGUGUGUGUGUGUGUGUGUGGUAGGUGUCUGUGUGUGUGUAUGGUAGGUGUGUGUGUGUGGUAGGUGUGUGUAUGGUAGGUGUGCGUGUGUGGUAGGUGUGCGUGUGUGGUAGGUGUGCGUGUGUGGUAGGUGUGUGUCUGUGUGUGGUAGGUGUGUGUACAGUCCCUAACCUUUACCUGUACAGCAGCAGGUGGCGCUGUUCCUAAACAGAGCUGUGAACAGGGAUGAUCACACUGAAACACUAAAAGAGAUUUUAAUGAGCUUCAGUUUGCAAACUGAAUUUGCAGACUGAAGCUCAGCUGGUGACACUGAGACAACCGCAUGUGAUUUCUGUACAUGUACUCUGUAUGUUUCCGUGUUUAUGUCUGAAUAAAACAUUCAGUGUGUCAGUGUGAUACUGAUCUUCAUGAAAGGCGUCAUCACACUGGAAGAUGCUCUUCUA